CCGCGGUACGAUCGGUGGCGACGACGGAGCAGCAGCAUGGAGGCCUCGGACCCGCGCGGAGACCUGCUCCUCAUCCGCGAAGGAGAGAUGGAGCGCGAGCGGCUCCAGAAGGAAGCGUUCAACAUGAAGCUCCGAAUCAACUUUCUCGAGGAGCAGCUCCUCAAGUACAAGGAAGGUACGGCCUUUGAAGAUGAAGAUUUCGAGUCCGAGAACAUGCACCUCCGAACGGUCAUUGAGGAGAAGGUGCAGGAGCUCGAGCGAAGGAACUUCCUCCUCGUGCGGGCGCGCGACGCGAUCGAAGUGCUGCGCGUCGACUUGGAGACGGCCAAGGAGAACAAUCGACUCAGCGCGUCGGCAAACCACAGCCAGCUCGAAGAGUCGACGCAAGAGGCGCUGCGACUCGAACAGGACGUGGCGCGCCUCGAGGACGAGCUACAAGCGGCCUACGCGGACCUCGACGCGCUACGGCAAACGAACGAAGACCUCAUGCGACGUUUCAACGAUCUCGAGCUCGAACACACGGAGAAGCUCCGCAUCGUGCAGCGCCUCGAGUCGGAGAAGGAGCGCACGAGCGAGUCGGCGACGUGGGAAGUUCAACGUGCCAAGAACGAACUCAAGCUUGCCCACGAGGCCCAGCUCAACAGCGAGAAGGAGCAAUGGCACAAAGAGCGUAAGCAAAUUGUACAGAACUGGGAGCAGAAGGUGCGGGAGAAGGAGGCAGACCUGGAUCGAGCCAAGGCAACCAUCGGUGACCGCGACGACACCAUCAAGACCCUUCAGCAAGGCAAGAUGGAGCUCGAGCUGGCCCUCGAGAGGACGACCAAGCAGCGUGAGGCAGACAAGGCCGAUAUUCUCGAGCUGCAGCAGCGCUUGCAACGCGCGACGUCCGAGAGCGACGACAGCUACGCGCUCCGGCGGCAGUGCGACCAGUUUGAAGCCGACGUCGCGAGCCUUAAGAAGCAGCUCGACGACCAAACUCGCCGCGCCAAGGACGACGAGAUGCGUCUCAACGACGAAAUUGAGCGCCUCCGUGGGCAGAAGCAGCAGAUGCUCGACGAAAUGAGCGUCCAGACGGACAAGGUGCGCUGGGAAACGCUCAAGAAGCUCGAAGUCGUCGAAGCGACGAACGUGACGCUGACCAGCGAUGUGCAGCGUGCGACCGCCGAGAUCCAGAAGCUGCAAGAAGCCCUCUUCAAGGCCCACGCGAGUGCCACCGAGUGGGAGGCUCGCGCCUCGUCGACGGCGUCCGAGUGGCAGGCCAAGGUCCAAGGCCUCCAGCAAGUCCAGUCUGAAGGUGCGGUCCUCGAGCGCGAGCAAGCCAAAAUGCAAGAGCGUCUCUCGCUGGUCCAAGCCGAACUCACCGCCGCAAAAGAUGCCGAUCGGCAGCUCCGCGGCUCGUUCCAACUGGCACUUGCCGACAUUGCCAAAACGAAUCUGGAGGCUGCGAUCCAAGAAAAGCGGGCACUCGAGGCCUCCCUGAGCCAGGAAAGUGCCAAGAACAAGCAGCAGCGACAACUUCUCAAAGCUCGCAUCCAAGCGCUCGAGGCCGAGCGCAGCCAGAUCCACCUUCAGUCCAAGGACGAGGCGCAGUCGCUUGCCGUGCAGCUCGGCCACAUGCAUGGGCUCAAAGAGCACUUUACGACAAAGAGCUACGAGAUGGAAGCGGCGUGGCAGCUCAAGUCGGGGCAGUACCAAGCGCGCAUCGACAUGCUCCAAGACCGCCUUGGCGCAGCCACCGAGAAGCUUGCCCAGCUCCAAGCCAUGCGUGAGGGGUCGCAGCAACAGCGCUUUGACCAGCUCAAGUACGAGGCAAUGCAAGCCAAGAUGCAGUGGGAGCAAGAGCUGCUCCAGGCGCGCAAGGCGAUCCGUGACGAGUCGGACCGCGCGGCUAAGUAUGAGCGCGACGCCCGUGACGCACAGACCCAACUUCAGCGCGUCGAGCUUGAGUUUCAGCAAAAGUUUGCGCGCCUCGAGAUCGAGUACCAGCGAGUCUUACGUGACGUGGCCUCGCUGCAAAAUGUGCAGAGCAAGACACAGCCCGAGUUGCACCGAAAAGACGAACACAUUAGGCUGCUAAAGGAAGAAGCUGACCAAUCGAAGCGCGUCCAAGCCGACCUCACGACGCAGCUGCGCAGCGCGAUCCAGGAACACGCACAGUACCGGAGUCGUAUGGACGAGCUGCAAAAGACCAUUGGUCGGCUGCAAGAGAAGGAGCGCACGACCGAGCAGCUCGUGUGGCAGCAGUGCCAGCGCAACGAAGCGCUCUUGGAGAAGGCUCUGCCCACCAACCCGACGAUUGAGCCGCUCGAGAACCUCGUGCGCAAGACGCGGGAGCUCGUCGAGCACACGCGGCGCUUCCAGGAAAAGUACGCGACCGCGUGGCCGAAUGUCCUCUCGGGGGCGCAAGCUAUGUCGGGCCCGAUGGAGCACGACUGCGGCCGGCUCCUCCGCGCCAACAACAUGCUCUGUCACAAACUCGCUCAAGCGGUGGCCGAGUGGAAGCGCGGCCAGAGCCAGCAGCCACUAAACGACGCGACGCCGGCAUUGGCCCCCGCUGCGACGGCAUCGCCGUUGACACCGCCUCCGAGCAGCGCCAGCAGGCAGCGGGCGUCCUUGAGCCAAGCCGAGCUCGAAGCGCUCGUCCACACGCUGCACGAGUCCAAGGCCAAGCACGGCGUGACGCCGCUCUCGGUCGUCCCCGGCACAGCGCGCAUCCUCGACGCGUACCAGUCGUCCAACUCGGUGCUCGCGCGGCUCAAUAAGGAGCUGCUCAAGGUGCACAACACCAUCGAGGGCUACGCGCGACCACCCCCUGCGCCGCUGCGAUAG